AUGUCAGUGAUUCGAGAUCCUAACAAGAUCUGUAUUCUAAAGGCGUCGCUUUCUUCCGCCGCACGACCACGCUACUCAUCCUGCAACCCAAGUACAAGUGAAAUACUCCUUUUCGGACCAGCUAUGCUUGGCGCCGUUUCUAUGUUCCCAUGUCCUUUUAAAAAGGAUGCUACUUCAAAUGCAGCUUAUAUUCUGAACAAACGAGCCUCCACAACUCAAAGAAGCGUUGUUGAAGAGGAAGGAGGCGAUGGCCUUAGGGCGUGGCCAAGAAGACAAUGCUUCCUAGAUUGGCGUCAUUACCGCUCCUGGGUACUAAAGAGCCCCCAAAGCAAACAUGCAGGGAUGGGGAGAGCACACUCCAAAUGGCAGGAGGCCACCAACAUCCCAGACCCUGUGACAGCUGUAGUGACACCGCUACAGACCCUCAUGGAACUGUUAGCCGAGGCCUCCACAAUGCCUCAUCAGCACAACGGAUUUAGAAGCCAGCUAGCGUGCUAG